AUGGUCUCGUCGUCGCAGGCCUCGACGGCCUCUGCGGACGUUAGCGACGACGAUGCCGGUCUAAAACGCGACAUCUCACUAGCCCAGCCUGAGAUUGGGCGACUCCAAGGCGAGGGGGCAAACCAGCAUGAGAAGCACAACAGGCUUGAAGCGACUGUCAAAUGGACCGAUAAUGGCCGUUCUCAAGAACAAGCUGGCCUGAUGUUUGAUCUUCAAUACCAUGCCGCCUACAACACAGCUUUCUUCAAGCUACGCGCCUCUGUCACGAUGAAAAACAGCCCAAGCCCCGACCAAGUAUCGUUGUUUAUAUUCCUCGCACCAGAGGUCAUUCAGACGCUGUCCCUAAGCAGUGACCAUCCACAAGACCUUGGCCCGGAUACCGUACGCCUGCACUUUCAGUUGAGGGAUGGUCAAGCCGCUACCCCUACCCUCGUCGUACCCAACUCCAUAAAUCCAUCGCACGUGGCUUGGAAGAACAAGCAAUCCAGCUCUAUUUGGGAUUCGCUACGGUCACUGGCGCGUGCCACGGACUUCGAUGUGCUCUGCCGCCUGCCGCGGCGUGUCAUGUCCGAGGCCCGACUACAGUCACUUUGUGAGGCCUUGUCCAGCCACGGAGUGGUUUCCACACCAGGCUUCGCUAACCUGGGCGGCCUGUAUGGCGGCAGGGGGGGGAAGGUAGUCACGGACGAGGUCGAGGUCGAGGCUGCGGUUCAACCCUCUGAUGAGUCGCCGCCGGCAUACCAAGACCUCGAGCCCGGACCACCUAUGCCUCCUAUAGUCCAGGGAAAGUCCUCCAAUAAGCGCCGUCGAGGAAAUUCAGAUAUCGAUGGCCAGAGGAUACUUCAAAAGCCGCGAGAAGACUUGGAGUCCACCGUGGCAUGGUUGGUCACUGAGCUGAAGGACCACAAGGCCAGGGAGGCAGUAAUGGCCGCUGAGCUUCAAGAGUACAAGCUUCGGGAGGCCAUGUUGGUCACUGAGUUGAAAAGGGUUAACGAGAAAGUUGCCAAACUGACAUCCCAGCAGGAGCAACAUGAGGCAAAGUGCACGGCUCUGGAUGAUGAUAUGCAUGAUCGCAUCGGCGCAGUCGAAGCAAGACUCUAUGAGCUUGAUGAAGAUCUAGAUCUUAGAGUAGACAGUAGGCUAGAUGAGACGCUCGACCUAAAGUCGGAUAGCAUCCGGGAGGAGCUAGUAGACUAUAUAGACGAGAAUCUGCCGAAUAGGAUACAAGGUGUGCUCGAAGAGGCGACCUUUUCUGCCCGCUUCUAA